ACAGUAUCAGUGUAUCACAUAGCAUUAUAUCCAAAAGAGUCUCUUUCCUUCCCCCCUUUCUUAUUAAAAAAUUCCAUCUUUCUUCUUUCAGCCCAAAGGAAUCACCAUUUUCAGAUUUGGAAAAAUGGAAAGAGCACAAGAAGAGCUUGCACUGACCCAGAUAAGGAAGUCAGUUGAGAAGCUUGGUUCUUCUACAGAGAGCUACGGUGACCCAACUCUUAUGAGGUUCUUGAUUGCAAGAGCAAUGGACCCAGAAAAGGCAGCCAAGAUGUUUGUGCAAUGGCGGCAAUGGAGAGCUGCUUUUGUUCCGCUCGGAUAUAUUCCUGACUCUGAAGUGCCAGAUGAACUGGAAUCUAGGAAGAUUUGCUUACAAGGAUUAUCCAAAAAUGGGUUCCCAGUUAUGAUCGUGAAAGGUCGCAAUCAUUUUCCUGCCAAGGAUCAACUCCAAUUUAAGAAAUUUGUGGUUCACCUUCUAGACAAAACACUUGCAAGUUCUUCGAAGGAUGGAGAAAUAGGAAGCGAAAAGUUGAUUGGUAUUCUUGAUUUGCAGCAUAUUAGCUAUAAAAACGUUGAUGCCCGUGCACUAAUCACCGGUUUUCAGUUCUUACAGGCUUACUACCCUGAACGCUUAGCCAAGUUUUACCUAUUACACAUGCCACUAUUCUUCGUUGCUGUCUGGAAGUUGGUUUCCCGUUUCCUUGAGAAAGCAACUCUUGAAAAGAUUGUGAUUGUUAGCAAUGAAGAGGAAAGGUUGCAGUUGAUGAGAGAAGUAGGAGAAGAUGUGUUGCCAGAAGAGUAUGGUGGGAAGUCAAAGUUUGUAGCUAUGCAGGAUGUUGUAAUCAACCCUUUGGCUGUGGAAGGCUAGCUCAAAAUACCCUUUGUAUGAAUACUUGGUCACACAACUAUCUGUAUCUCGAGAAUUAAGAAAUAUUCUCAAUGUAAUAAAUUCUUACCUUAAAAUUAAUAAGAAAUGCAAUAAUUUAUUUAAAUUC